UGUACUCAUAUCUUCAACCUUCUAAAAAGCUAAAAUCUAUAAAACCCUAGCUAGUAGCUAAAUCAAUGUGUUCUCCUCCUUUCUCCAAAAGUUGUAUGAAUCGUGCUCAUAAAACUAUAUUUAUGACUGUUUAUUUCGUCAUGAUCCUCUUGGUUUUUAGUUCCUGCGACGCCGCGGCGAGGAUGGGACCAAUUAAGGUUUCUGAAAUGGAAAUAGUUCAGACAAGAUCAAGAUCGUCAAGACAGUACUUCGCGGAAGGUUUUAGAUUCAAAGAUCGUGUGUUCCAUAUUUCGUCUAAACGGGGACUUGUACCACCUUCGGGACCUUCCAAAAGGCAUAAUUCUGUGGUGAAUGAUCUCAAACACUAAUUGGUUUCUUGUUUUUGUUAUUUAGUUGGUUUUUUAACAAUCAUAAUUUACAUGUUUGGAAGAUUCUUGAAAUUGUUUUUUUUUGGCGAGGUUUUGAUCCUUUUAAUAUAUGUUUUUGUUCAUUUAUACAUCAUUUGAUUUCGUUCACAUCUGUAGUAUUUUGUUGGAAAGUGAUACAUACGUACGUAUAUUGUAUGUAUCACCUUUUUACCCACCAUUGUAUAUAUCUUUCAUAUCAAAUCUCUUUGAAAACAAUAGGGAGUUCUGCCCAAGAAAAAAACAAUAGGGAGUAUCAAUAAGGUUUGGCUAAUCUAACUUCUCGGCUCUAGAGUUUUUAGUGCGUAGAUAUUUUGUAACUAUUACUUGGUAAUUUAACUAUUAACCGUCAAGCUCACGGAUUUGAUCUUAUAUUUGAAAUAAUUUAUAUAUCAUAAAAAACGAAACAUACAUUAGUUUUCAAGGAAUAAAUAAUAAAAAGAUGUCUGAAGUAUAUCAUGUUUUCAACUCAUUUAGCCUUAAGUUUUAACUCAUGGAUAGUUUUAGACUAUUAUCGGUAAGCUCAAAAAGCAUUAAACUAAUUCAUGAAACUUGUUUAAUAUAACAGAAAUUCUUAUAAACUGCUAUUAACGCACCCUACGGUAAUGCUAUCAAUCCAGCGAGGUACAAUUCUGACUGAAUGAAGUUAUCUAAGGGCGACAGGGCGUUGUUAAAGAAGAGUUAUAAGUAACCGAAGUUUUUAGCCCAUGGAAGACUUUUCGGCUUGUAGGCCUUGGAAGGCUGUAUCUCAUCUUUGGGAAUCGACGGACUUUUGUUACCGUUUGUAUACUGUCGUACCAAUUCGUUAAAUUAAAGAGAGAUCGAGCGGCCGGUUUGUAUUGUGUGGUCUCCUUCUGUCUGCCUAGUUAAUAAUAGGCUAAUACUACAAAAAAGUGAAGGGUUUUAAAUUUGAUGUUCUA